AUGGCAUUUGCUUGUGACGUACGUCUUGUCCUCCAGGCGUCUGUGAUGUUCAGCGAUGUGUCCAUCGCCUUCUCUCAGGAGGAGUGGCGGUGCCUGGACGUAGAGCAGAGGCGACUCUACAGAGACGUCAUGCUGGAGAACUACCGGAAUGUCGCCUCACUAGGGUGCUUUGUUUCUAAACCAGACGUGAUUUCCUUGCUGGAGCAAGGGAAGGAGCCUUGGAGGGCUGCAAGGAGGCGGCAAAACCCAGCUCUGCAAACUAAGGACGAGGCCAAUCGGUUGUUCUCAGAAAAUGGCCCUUACGAGGUGGAUGUGUGCCGGUGGCAGGUUAUGGGAAGGAUUGGGAACAGUGGCCUGAGGGGCCUCGUCGUCGUCCAGAACGAAUGGGGCGCCGAACGGAACCGUGAGCGCCGGGAGGGCUCCCCGCAGGGCUACCUCAGUCAGGUGGAGCCCCCCUCCCGCGAGGAGCGCCCCCCCUCCGCUGCCCCGCGCCGGAGAGCCCUGCUGGCGGGAAAGGCCCACGAGUGCGGCGACUGCGGCAAGGCGUUUAGAGUGCGCCAGCAGCUCACCUUUCACCGCCGGAUCCACACGGGCGAGAAGCCCUACGCGUGUCACGAGUGUGGCGUGGCCUUUAGGCAGACCGCGCACCUCACCAGGCACCAGAAACUUCACUCCGCCCAGAGGCCGCGGGAGUGCAAGGACUGCGGGAAGGCUUUCCCGUACGGCCCGGACCUCAGGGCGCACCAGAAAGCGCACGGCGGGGAGAAGCCCUACGCGUGCAAGGAGUGCGGGAAGGCCUUCAGGGUGCGGGGGCAGCUCACGCUCCACCAGAGGAUCCACACGGGCGAGAAGCCCUACGCGUGCCAGGAGUGCGGGAAGGCCUUCCGGCAGCACGCACACCUCACCCGCCACCAGAAGCUCAGCGCGGCCGGCGCACGGCUGUACGCGUGCCAGGAGUGCGGGCAAGCCUUUCUGUGCGCCCCCGGCCUCAGGGCGCACCACAAGCUCCACACCGGCGAGAAGCCCCACGCGUGCCGGGACUGCGGGAAGGCCUUUCGGGUGCGGCAGCAGCUCACGCUCCACCAGAGGACCCACACCGGGGAGAAGCCGUACGAGUGCCACGACUGCGGCAAGACCUUCAGCCGGGGUUACCACCUCAUCCUCCAUCACCGCAUCCACACGGGCGAGAAGCCGUACGAGUGCAAGGAGUGCUGGAAGGCCUUCAGCCGCUACUCCCAGCUCAUCUCCCACCAGAGCGUGCACGUGGGCGUCAAGCCCUACGCGUGCGAGGAGUGCGGCAAGGCCUUCCGGCUGCUCUCGCAGCUCACGCAGCACCAGAGCAUCCACGCCGGCGAGAAGCCCUACGCGUGCGAGGAGUGUGGAAAAGCCUUCCGGCUGCGGCAGAAGCUCACCCUGCACCACAGCAUCCACACGGGCGAGAAGCCCUACGCGUGCGAGGAGUGCGGGAAGGUCUUCCGGCUGAACUCUUCUCUCACCCAGCAUCUGAGGAUCCACUCUGGGGAGAAGCCCUACGAGUGUAAGGAAUGUAAAAAGGCCUUCAGGCAGCACUCCCACCUCACCCACCAUCUGAAGGUUCACAGUGCCAAAAGUGUAACACAGGCCUAGCGGGACGUUCCCGCACUGUU